CGGCCAUUAAAGGAAACCAUACCAUUCGUUGACCUCUGGAAGCAGGGAGAGAUUGUUGGGCCUCUUGAGGUCCCCGAGAACUUGCGCACAGAGGAAUUCUAUCUCGGAGACUUUGGUCUGGCGAUGAAAGUUGACGACCCCAUGACUCAACAGGGCUAUCCGCCUAGUCAAUUUUGCUCGCCAGAUCGCUUCCAUGGGAAACAUCCAAGUUAUGCCUGUAACAUGUGGACUUUUAUGGUCCUCUUUUCAGUGCUUUAUCCUGACUAUCCGCUUUUUCCUACCUGGGCUGGGGGCGGAAUAAUAGGGGGUUUGGUCAGACGUCUGGGUCCACUACCUGAGGAGUGGAAGGGUCUUUACACUCCUCCCAAAGGCUCUGAUUCCUGGAACGAUCAGGGUCAAACGGCCGAUCCAAAUGAUGACCUUGCACAUACAAUUGCUCGCUUUCGUCCAGACACGGAUUCAAAUGAGCAAGAACUUGCGCUCUCCAUCAUUUUGAAAGUAUUUACUUACUGUCCGGAGAAAUGUCCGACUGCAACACAGCUUCCGCAAGAUCCUUCAUUCAGAGCGCUCAUGGAAAAACAUGGUUGUUGA